UUUCAAAAAGUCGAAAUGGUUAUCAAGCCCGUCGCGAAGGUGGUUAUCCCGGAUUUCAGCGUGUUCCAUGGAGAGAUUGAAUGCCAAGACCUUUUUCCCAUCUCGACUUCAUUUUUUGUCUUCGUCCAAUUUGAAGCAACAUCAUCACCAGCCACCCAAGUGGGAUACACAUGGGAUGAUAUAGGAGAAUAUCUUGCUAUUGAACUCGGCCAUUUUAAACAUUAUGAGCUCCACAGACAAACAGACUGA